ACUAAUUUUUCGCCUCUUUGUAAAUCGAAGCUGGUAUAAGCAACGGAACUCCUAUUCAUCCGGGAACAGAAGAGGGUCACGACAACCUGGAGCCUGUCGUAGCAGUGUAGUUUUAUUUUUAUUCUUUUGUCUUUUCAUAGCUCACCUGCUUGGAAUAUUUUUGGAUAGACUAUAUGUGAGGGCCUGGCUCUCAUCCCCCGAAAUGCUACAAAUAGCACGGAGGCUGGUCCGGUCCGUUUGACAUUUCCAGACCAUUUGAUGAUGCUUUUCUUCCAGUAAGAAUCCAAUAUUUUAAAGAAAUAUUUAUUCCCGCUCCCCAAGGAGAGAAAGGAGCGCAAAAGGCGGGCACUUGGAAAUAAAGACACACCUGACCAAAGGCAGAGCAUACAUGAUGACAAACAUCCGAAACGAGCCGGGACUGAGAAGCCGUGAGGCAGCACCACGCCCCCAUACAGUACCUCCCUCAAGGAACUUCCUCUUCUGUAAAACAAUAACUAAAGGUUAAGGCAAACCUGCUGAAGCCACACCCUUCACCAGCUAGUCGCAACGAAUGAAAGAAGGUACUACCGCAGGAAUUAGUCUCCCUGUACUGCACAUCCUGGAGCUCUUUGUCAUACUGUGAGGAAUGCAGCAUGAGUGUGAAUGAGUUCCGCGCUUUUAGUUUCCAAAAGUAGGCUGAUCUGGAGGGGCUGUGUUUUAUUUGCAUUGACAUUAAUCGCGGGACUCUGCGGAUCAGUUAAUUCGACGGGAAAAUGGCAUCAGUCGAAACUCAUCCGGAGAAUUUCAUCAGGUCUGCUCUGUCGGCCGACGCUGUCAGCCAGCAUGAGGACACGAGUUUAGCGCUGCCGACGGAGGAGAAGAUCAGGCUGUGCGGCAGCCAGGUCAAUGAUAGGAACUCCCGAGUACAGCAACAAGUGCAGCUCACAAUCAGAAGGAAAUCCAGGAGGGGAAUUUCCAAUGGGUCUCUUCAACAAUCCAGCAGUUUCUCAGAAAACCGUUCCAGAUCCGAGUAUGAAAAGGAAUCACUAACCAAAUCAGAGAAGCUACGUUCCACUGUGGGCUAUGAGAAUGGCUUCAGUACUGGAAGAGCGUGUUCCUCCGGCCAGGUGCUGAAAGAGGGCACGACGCGGCCGUUCAUGAGAGUGGAGGUUUCGCCGCAGUCCAGCCCAGAAGUGCCGCAUUCCCGGUUAGCCCAGUCGAGCCUCCACUACAGGAUGGGGCACGGGGGGGUGCACACGCUGCCGGCGAACCAGGUCUUCCUGAACCGCACAUCCGAACUGAACCGAGCGCAAUCCGUGGGCGCUGCUCAGCGCUGCUACGCCCAUUCGGAAAUACUGAGCAGCCGGAAGCCCAGCAUGGCCCGGGCCAAGCACCUCAGCAGGAGCCAGUAUCAGAGAGGGAGGCCCGGUCCACCCUCGGAUGAUGGGGUCUUCCUGCCCAAUUUCUCCGUGGCGGCCGAGAGCCAGAGGCCCGGCACCAGCCACAGCAUUCCCAACGUCCUGGAGGUGGCCAGGCCGGGAGCCAGCAUGCGGCAGCACUGGCGCCACGGAUCCGCGCUCCACGCCCAUCAGAGCACGUGGAAGCAAACCUUCGUCCAGCGGGAGAGCAGCCAGCGGCGGAGUACCAACCGCGGCUCCGGCCCCUCCUCGCUGAUCAGCAUGGAGCUCGAUGGGAACGCCAGGAGCGCAGCUGCCGCUCAGGAAAGAGCCACCGGAGCCGAGAUCCUGAGGAGAUCUGUCAGCGAAGUGAAGGCGCAGAAGGCAGAGGGACAGAUAACUGAGCUGACAGUGGAUAAAGCAGUGAAUCUUCUCACUCAUAGAAGCAUAGAGAUGCAGAUUUCUGCUGCCAACGUCAUCCAACAUCAGUGCUUCUUAAGCAGUGAAGCUAAGAAAGUGAUAGAGGGAGGCAGGCUGAAGAAAGAGAACCACACCAUGAGAAUUGGAAGGAGCAGUUUGCUGUGGAACCUAUCCUCCCAUGACCUCCUGAAAGAUUAUCUUGCCAAAGAGGCCCUCCAGACUAUCACAGACACAAUCAUUAUCCCGUGCUCAGGGCUGUCAGAUGGAGACUAUCCAAAGGAAGACCUGCUGGUGGAUCCAGACCUUUUCUACAAUGCUACUGGCUGUCUGCGGAAUAUUAGUUCAGGAGGCCCGGAGGGACGGAAGGCGAUGAGAUCCUGCGACUCUUUCAUUGACUCACUUGUGCAUUAUGUCCGGGGAACCAUUGCCGACUAUAAACCAGAUGACAAGUCCACAGAGAACUGUGUGUGUAUACUUCACAACCUCUGCUACCAGAUGGAAGCUGAACUGCCCCAGAAAUACAUCAAGGAGAUCCACGAGUCAAGACAGAACCUGGCGGCACCAAACAGUACACCUGGCUGUUUUGGGUCUCGGAGUACAAAGCCUAACGAAGCCCCAGAAAGGAGAGUACCCUUCCCAGAAGAGAAGAGCAACCCACGAGGGGUGGAGUGGCUAUGGAGCCCCAUCACCAUCAGGAUGUACCUGUCUCUGAUCGCCAAGAGCACCAGGAAGUUCACUCAGGAGGCCUCCAUCGGGUCUCUGCAGAACCUCACUGCGGGGAGCAGCUUGCUGUCGAACUCCAUCGCGCACACCAUUGUCCGGAAGGAAAACGGCCUCCAGCACAUCCAGAAGAUGCUUCAGUCGGCGGACCGCGGUGUGCAGAGGACAGCCGUGUCCCUGCUGAGGAACAUGUCCCGGUACCAAGAGCUGCACAGGGACAUGGGAAACCAGAUAUUGCCGGAUCUCCUGACGAUUCUGCCCGGUUCUGGCACCAGCACAGAUGUUCCGCCAGAAACCACCGUGUCCAUUUGCAGCGUCCUCAUGAACUUGGUCCAGGAUGACACCCAGAACGCACGCAGCAUCGUCAACAAUAAAGGGAUGAACAAAAUCAUCAGCAUCAGCACCAGCGACAAUGGGUACGGUCCUACCAGAGGGGCCAAAGCAGCCGCGACCCUGCUCCACGCCAUGUGGAGACUCUCCGAGCUCCACAACUUCUACAGAAAGGCUGGAUUCAAGAAGGCUGCUUUCAUCAACUGCAAGACCAUAAAAGCAAUUAACUUACCCUGAGACAGCAGUGGAAGUGUCCUGUACAUAACCUACGUGGCACUAGCUACAUUAUCUUUUUAGACUUCAGAAUCUUUUAUUUUAGUGCCCCCUGAUAUAUACACACAUAUAAUACAAUACCUAAAGGGUAUUUGUAAAAUACAAUAAAGUGGAGGGAGGGGUUACAAAUGAAAUGAACCAUAAGAGAUUGAGAUGGCAAGUUUUUCCUGAUUAUUGGUAAUUUACAUUUUAGAUUGUACUGUACUGUAUGUCCAAGAAAAGGAGAAUUCUGAAUUUGCUCCAUGACACAUCAUGAUGUAAUAACUUUGAUGUAUUGAAGUAUUGGAAAUCCAAUAUUACUAGAAUAUACUACAGUACAUCUUUGCAAAGAGCAGAUCUAUGAAAAUAAUGCUGUUGUCACCAUGACUAAGCUGUUCCCCAGCAUUUUAUCUGUUUCCAUUACCUGAAUGAACAAAGUGCUGUUUUUAAGAAAACUCCCCUUGUGCAGGAGAUCCGAAUGCUGUGUUUUGCAGAUGCAUGAGAAGAUUAAAAAGAAAAGGCAGGGGUGUGGAAGAGCAGAAAACUGUCUGUACACUGUAGCCCUACAACACUGGGAAUAUAAGAAGAGAUACAAAUGAGAGUGGGUAGGGUUUAUUUGCCCCUUCUCAUUCAGUAAUGCCCAGAGUCGAAUUCUCCUGGCCAGUGAUGUGCAUAUCAGUCCUCUCUUCAACACACAAGCCUGGCUUCUGGCCAGUCAAGCUCGAAGUGGCACAGGAAGUGCCUGACGUGAUGACGCUUGUGGGAGAGGAUGCUGGUGUUCGACGCUCCCGGGCUGGGUCAGGAGCUGUAGCUCUGAGGACUUGGCUGUACCACAUGGUUGAUGCUGUUAAAAAAUGCUCAAUAAAAAACAACUCCUUCA